AUGGUCCAAUCUGAUAAGAUUAAUCUCGAGUCAAGUAGCGAUGGCCAACAUGCGCCAAUUGAAACAAAUACUCAUGAUCUAGUCUCCAAAACUGAAAGGAUGCAUACUGAAAGUCAGAAUGUUAUUCAAGAUACUGUAGAAGUGACUAAUAAAACCCCAAAGAAAUCAAUCAUAACAAAAUCUAGUCCGAGAAGAUCCCCAGAUAUAGAAAGAAUAGCAAAGUUUUUUAAAAAGAAUAAGCCAUCAAUUUUAGAUAAUAAUGAGCCACUUAAAAAUAACGGCGAACAUUCAUCGGAUCUUAAUAAUCAGUUUAAAUUGGCGGAAAAUUCUGAUAGAAGCAUUUCUCAAAAUAAGAAUAUCUUUCAUUCACCAUCUAAAGAAAGAGCUACAGUUUCUGAAAAUAAAGCUGCGAGUGAUCUAAGAUUAAAUAUUUUAAACAAAUUAAAUUAUUCAUCAGAUGAAGACACUCCGCCUUCACAAAGAAAAACAAUUAACUUAGAACAGAAUAUUCUCAAUCCCACCAACAUUGUUUCAAGAUUAAAGAAUGCUCAGAAAGAAUUUCCAGAAUUUAAUAUUCCUGAAGAUAGUGCAAUAAAUAACGGGAUUGAAAUCAAUUACAACAUGAGUGAUGAUGCUAAGGGUCUUGAAAGUAAUCGCAUGACCUAUUCUUUAAAAGCUGACCAACCAAUCUCAAAAUAUAAUUCCGUUAAUUCAACGCAAGUUAUGAAUACCCAAGCUGAUAACAACCAAAUACUAUCAAGUGAAAACCCCAAAACUCUAGAUUAUUCUGUUAUAGAUGACACCACAGAUGCAAAUAUUACGACAAGGUGGAUAAAUAAUUCUGAAAAUGAGGAUACAAACGGCAAUAAUUUGCAAACACAACUCAUAAAUACUGUGAAUACACAGAAUAUAACAUUUUCACCGACACAAAUAAUAGAUACUACGUUACAAGAGACUAGUGAAAUAAACACACAGUCCGUGAAUACAGCGACAGUGACGGUGCCUGCUGGAAAUAGUGAUAAAAUCGAAGUAUUAUCAGCCGAUGGGAAUUUUAAAUUGAAAGAAUUCAGCACUCAAAUUUUACCUCCACCUCAACUACCACAAUUACGUAGUUCAAAAGUGUUUACAACGUCACCUAACAAAAUAUUAUCUGAAAAUACUGAACCGUUUUUUAACGAAACGAAAAUGAAUGAUAGUAGAUCAGUGUUUGGCAAAAGUGCAUUUUCUCAGCAACCAGCAGAUGUAUCUUAUUCUAAAUAUCCAAUACGAAACAAACAUCAACCAUCUUUAAAAAUGACAGAUUCAUCACCAACUCCAAGAAACAAUAGUGAUGCUUGGGAAAAUAAUCAACUGUCUGAGUUUCCAUCAUCUGGGAAAAUUUUCCUUCAAGUUUCAAAUAAAACAGGGCUACAUCUCAGUCAAAACAGUAGCGAUUCGUCAUAUCUAGAUACUUAUAAUAAUCUAGUAGUUGCAAGCGAAGCAGAAAUGACACAGGAAUUACCAGAAAUGGAUGAAAAUACCCAAGAAUAUAUGGCCACAAAAGAUGGGGAUCUCCUCACAUCAAGCCAAUACGCCUAUUCCAAUGCUUCUAAGGAUGAGGGUUCAACAAAUAGACUUUCAAAGAGAAAUAAAACAACUCCUAAUACUAUUGUGGACGAUCACACAAACGUAAAAAAACGAUCCAAGGUAUAUGCUAAUGCAAAACAAGAGACCCUUGUAUCAGAUUUGGAAAAGUCUAAUAUAGAUAACGAUUACAUCAAUUUCACAUCAACCAGACAAUUAAAUUCAUCCCCAUCAGCUUUAGUGAAAACUCAUGACUUUCCACAUAGCUUAUUAAGUAAUGAAACGCAUACCCUCACUAAGGAUGACAUCGAAUUUGAUAAUUCAGUUUUAUGCUUCUAUGAUCUAAAUUUUAAAAUAUAUCCUGGAAUAUUGAUACUAAAUAAUAAUGAUUCUGACACUAGUGUUGUUCAGUUUGAAUCCGAGAAAUCGAUCAUAAAAAACAGUGACAUAUUUUAUUUAGAUAUCAAAAUAGGAGAUAUUGUAAAUUGGAAAGGAUCACUAUACAUCAUUUUUAAAUUGGAAUGUAGAUCGUUUGAUGAGAAUACAAUUAGAUGUAUUAGAGGAUAUGAUACUUUAUAUUUAAAGAAAAAAAACCAGACGGGUAAUUUGGGCAAAAAGAUUUUUAUUACUUCUCUUGCAUCAGUGACGUUCAAUGUUAAUGAAUGGACUAAACGUCCAAAACUGAAUUACUUCGAACAGGAAAGUUUAAGUAAAAAAAAUACUCCAAUACGUUUGAGACGAGUAUCAAAUCAUUCAUCUCCUAAUUUCAGGAAGACUACCCCGACUAUCGACAUUAUCACAAAAGAUCAAAAAAAUGAUAACGGUAACGCAUAUUUAGGAAGUAAGGCCCUUACAAAAGUUGGAAGUAGUUAUAAAGGUAAAGAAAACGAUAUCUUUUCAGAUUGCCUUUUCAUAGUAACAGGUGCAUUUCCCGAGAGAGAUAAAAUAAUCAAUAUAAUACAAUCAAACCAUGGUACCAUUCUUAAUGAUGGCUUUUCUUUAUUAUUUCAUUAUUACUCUGACAAAAAAACAACUGAUUUUGUUGCUGAUGAAUAUGACUUACAACUAAACUGGAUAGAUGAAACUUAUUCAAAAAAGUACAAAUUUGCAUGUCUCUUAUCAAGUGAUUUUUCAAGAAGUUUGAAAUAUUUAGAGACUCUUGCACUGAAAUGGCCGACAUUACAUUGGAAAUUUGUACUUGACUGCAUGGAAGAUGAACAAUUAUUGAUUAAUACUAUCUUUCAAUAUCUUCUUCCGGGAGGAUACAGCACACAUUUAAAUUCGGAUUCAAAUUUAACCUCAGGAGUUCUGAAAUCAAGUAAUAUUUUUGAAUAUUUUACCAAAACUUUGACUGGGUCAAAAUUAAGUGAUAUGAUUUCAAGAGAAUCAACUAACGCAGAUAAAUUAUUGAUGGUUGUAGUCGGUAAUUCUUCAAUUAACGAUUUCGUUUUUUUCUCUUUAGCAUCGUUUGGGAUUCGAAAGGCAUAUUUUGUGAAGGAUCCUGAUAAUAUCGAUGACUUUUUUGACGGUUUUUCAAGGAAAAUAGAUGAUAUAAAUAAUGAGUUUUCUGGUACAAUCUUUUUUGCUGAUGGUGACAAUGAAAUGCACAGCAAAGUUAUCAUGCAAUCCAUAAGGGAUUUAUUAUCAUGCAAUCCUAUUUUACAUAAUUGCAAUUUUUCCAUAGAAAAUAAGGAAUGGCUGAUACAGUCUAUUAUUAAUGAACAUGUUAUUUUCAAAUCAUAA